CUACGUCUUGUUGUUCCGGGGUCUGGUGUCUCAGUUGCCUGGCUCCCAUGAGGUCCUUCAGAGAGGGACAAGUACAGGCUGUGGAGAUGUCCCAGUGUUGCAGCUCCCCGGGCCCAACCCGCCUCAAGACGGGCCCCCUUGGCUGGGUGAGGACGGCCUGCCUGGCCUGCCCAGGUAGAGUCCACCGCCUGGUCACCACCCCAGCUGUAGGGACUGUGGCAUCUGGAAGAGGGAUUGUAGGCCAGACAGCCGGCCCCUGGGCCCUUGGGAGAGGACGGUUCUCCAGGCCCUGGGAACACAUCUCCUCCAUGAGGUUGGGCUGAAUGUCCUCACAGCUUUGAGAACAGCUGUUCUCUAAGACACACGGCCGAGAGCGUGGGCAUGGUGGGAAUGGUGGUGGGUCAUGGUUGCUCUGGCCCCGGGUGGGGAAGUCAGUGCAUUGCCCUGCGAGAGUCAGAGAGCAUCUCUGCAGCAUCUGCUGUAAGUGCUGGGCUGCCCUUGCUGCGGGAGAGCUGCUGGGGCCACGCUGCAGGGCAGGCACAAUUUCUGCCCCUAACAGGCAGGCAAGGGUCUCUGAGGCCGUUGUCUGGUGGCCCUGGCUCCGCGGCAUCGCUGAACUCUGCGUGCCGUCAUACCUCUGCUACCCUCCUAACGUUGUGUGCCUAUAGCUAUAAUCUCACCUUGCUCUUCUUGACUUCAAGCUAUGCUCACCAAAAGAAGUAUAAAAACAAGACUUUGUUCUAUAUGUAGAGAGCCUGGCCUGAAGCUAGAGUGAUGGAGGUUUGUUCCUAGGCCUCACCAACACCAGCCACCAAGGGCAAAGUGUUCUUAGGGCUCCAAGACACUGUCUUGGGAGAGCAGACCCUCACCUCCCCUUUCAUGGCAAGAGAGGAAUGGGACAGGGUGCCAGGGGCCGCUGCAGCAGCUCUGGCCCGGAGCCCGUUCAGGAGCAGGACUCUGUUGCACGCACGCUGGGCCAUAAAAGGUCCUUAGCAACCGACCACAGGCUCACGUAGUCAGCUGCGGCCCGGGCCCUUGAGCUUGUCCAUCAUGCACCUUUUCAGUGGCUUCUCUAACCAUGACACAGAAUGUCUACCCCUUUCCCGAUAGCUUUCUCCCUGGACAUUUUCCCAGGGUCUAGAUGAAGUCUGUACUGGUGGUUUAAAAAUCAGCUUGAUUGUAAGUUCCACAGCCGAGUCCACAAGCUGUCUCCACCAGUAAAGGAGCGCGAAAAUCUCAAAUAAGCUAAUUGUUUCUGCAACCCCGCUUUUCUGCCCUUCCAGUUUCAUUUUUGAUAACCCAGAUGGCUUUCCUUAUGUCCAACAGGCAACUCUGGUUCUCCUCCUGGAACAGUCAGUAGCAUGUUUUCCAAAAAUUAUGAUUCUAAAUUUCACGAGCGUCCUGUGGCAUGGUGGCUCCGGUUCUGCCGGGGUGUUUUAUGAGGCACUCCCUCCUUUCUACGGCUGACCUCCGUUUCCCUACUCUACACAUCCAACUUCUGGCUGCCAUGCCGCCAGGGAACAGGGGCAGAAGGUUUUUGUUCGGGGUAUGACUUAGUUCUUCACCUCAAGGUCAAAAUUCUCAACUGCAGCCCUGAAAGGUAAUGCAAAUGUCCCAGACACAGAAGGUGCCCUGCUACCAUAAAUGCGCAGUCACAAGGCAGUCGGAGGCUGGCAGUCCCAGGGGAGGAUGCUUACUUUCAGCGAUGACUCUUUUCACUACGAUCAGUCCCCUAAGACCUGAACUAUGAACGAAAGCUUCCCCACUAAUUACUCAUGGCCUGGGUGGGGACGUGUUUGGAAACUAGUCAGGUGGGAAGUCCUGAGGUUUGAGGUAUGGGGUCUUAUUCCAGUAACCAGAUACCCAGGCCCCCUAGGCGGUUUCCUCUGACCAGACAAGAAGAAGACGGAGACCAUGAACUUAGAGCACAGCGUCGUGCCUUCUAAGGCUGGAUCAGAGCUGGGGAGGUGGGAAAGGGGCAUGUCCCCUGAGGACCGAGGUCCCCCGUGUGACAUCACCAGUAGAGAGGGCUAACCAGGAGGAACUUCGCUCUCAUAUCCCUGUGACAAAUUAGGUUUACUUUGACAUUCCUGCCAUUGACCGAAUGUUUGUGUCCUCACCCCCAGACUCCUGUGUUGAAACCGUAAUCCCAGGAGGAUGGUAGCUGGGGGUGGGGCCCUUGGGAACUCUAAGGUCAUGGAGGUGACGUCCUCAGGAUGGGAUUAGUGCCCUUAGAAAACGAAGCCGGAGAACUAGAAAGUGAAAAUACACAAGACGUCUGCCGUCUUCAGCCCGGAAGAGCGGCCUCACCAGAACCUGACUGUGCCCGCACCUCGAUCUGAGACUUUCAGCCUCCAGAACCCCGAGAAAUAAACGUCUGUUGUAAAUGAGACACCCGGCGUACGGUGUUUUGUUACAGCAGCCCAUGCUGACUCAGAUACCCCACAGAAAAAAAGAGGACGUGGUGGCCCCAAACUGGCUGACCCUCGAGGCUCCCUCCGUUGUCUUUGAAGGAGACAGCAUAGAUCUGAUGUGCCAGAAGAAAAAGGACUGGUGGAAAAUCCAGACCGUGGUGUAUUACAGGGAUGGAAAACAGCUACAAUUUCCAGACAACGUCUCCGGCGUUUCUAUCCCUCAUGCAGCUCCGAGGGACGGUGGCCAGUACUCCUGUUCUGCUACCGCCAGAAAAUACUUCCUUCCGAGGUCAAAAUCUUCGAGAAGCGUCGGGAUUGAAGUACUAGAGCUGUUUCCACGCCCUGUGCUCACUGUCAGCUCCUACCGGCCCACCGAGGGGAGCCCCGUGACCCUGACCUGUGAGACCCGGCCUUCUCCACAGAGGUCAAACGUUCAGCUCCAAUUUUGCUUCUUCAGAGACGGCAAAGCCCUGGGGUCUGGCUGGAGCAGCUCCCCAGAGCUCCGGGUCCCCGCCAUGUGGACGGAGGACUCAGGGUCCUACUGGUGCCAGGCAGAGACAGCAACUCUCACGGUCAGAAAACAGAGCCUCCAAUCCCAGAUUCAUGUGCAGAGAGUGCCCGUCUCUAAUGUAAGCUUAGAGAUCUGGGCCCCCAGGGGCCCGGUGAUCGAAGGAGGGAGCCUGGUCCUCCUCUGCUCUGUGGCCAAAGGCACGGGAAACAUCACGUUCUCCUGGCACAGAGAGACCACAAGAGCCAGUGUGGGAAGGAAGACCCAGCGUUCCCUGUCAGCGGAGCUGGAGGUCCCGGCUGUGCAGGAGGGCGAUGCUGGCCGCUAUUACUGCAGAGCUGACAACGGCCAUGACCCCGUCCAGAGCCGGCUGCUGAGCGUCCGUGUGAGAAGUCCAGUGUCCCACCCCGUCCUCACCCUCAGGGAGCUGGGGCCCCAGGCCGUGGUGGGGGACGUGGUGGAGCUUCACUGUGAGGCCCAGAGAGGCUCUCCCCCAAUCCUGUACCGGUUUUACCAUGAGAAUGUCACCCUGGCGAACAUUUCGGUCCCCUCUGGAGGAGGAGCGUCCUUCAACCUCUCUCUGACCGCAGAACAUUCUGGAAACUACUCCUGUGAGGCCGACAAUGGCCUGGGGGCCCAGCGCAGCGAGGUGGUACCACUCAAUGUCACAGGGACCGUUGGCUGCAGAAGAGACCAUGUCACAGCCAGAGUUCUCGGGACGCUGUGUGGUGGCCUCGGUUUUAUAGCUGCUGCUCUGCUCUGUUAUUAUUGGUCCCACAAGAUAGCAGGAGGACGCUCUGCCCCACAUGCACCCAGAGACGCUUCCAGUGCAAACCCUCAAGAGUCCACCCAAGCCGGCUCACUCCCCGACAUAGAGGAGCUGCAGCCAGACUAUGUCAAUGUGGGCCCCAUAGAUGUGGAGGUGGUUUAUUCCCAGGUCUGGAGCAUUCAGCCACCAGAAGACUCAGCAAACACCAGAAGGAUGAUUCUGGACAACAAGGACUCUCAUGUCAUCUACUCUGAUGUGAAGGAGACAUAACACUUGGAGAAACUGGGGGGCAGAACCCCAACAAAGAUGGAACAGCACUAAGGGCUGAAAAAAAGUUUAUAAAAAUGCCAAACUUCAUGACGUCUCACAGACAGAAUGUGCGGCAAGUGCUGAGAAGGCCAGCUGGGUCAUCGUUUUGGUUCUCAUCAUGUUCUCUCCCAAUGUCUUCUUCCAUUUAGUCAAUAUUUACUGAGCCGCUCCUGAGUCCCAGAAGCUGUGUGGGAUGACUAUCUUUGUUACGUUCUCUCUUUUCAAAAUUUUUAAUGUAAAUUCAAUUUAGUUAACAUACAGAGUCUUACUAGUUUCAGAAGUAUCGUGAUUCUUCAGCUGCAUGGAACACCCGGCGCUCCUUACCUCAAGUGGCCUCCCCAGUGCCCAUCCCCCAGUUACUC